GUCGUCGUUUGCGCGAGUGCGAACGACCAAUCGAGCGGUUCUCGAACGGGUCGCCUUGCCGUUCGGGUUGGUCGGGGCAGUCUAGUACAAGAAGAAGGAUCCUUCGAGUCGUCGGGGUGACGUUCUCGAAAAAGGGAGAGCCAGAAGAGAAAGGGCUACAUGGCUACGUCUCGGUUGUCUCGCGAUCGCUGAUCCGGGAGCGACUCGAGGGUUGUGCGCGCGUCGCCGAGGGAAGGAGUUUCCGCGUCAUCGUCUCGAGAACCGCCGUCGCCGUCGAGAAGAAAUCUAACGUAGACGACGGAGGAAGCGCGAGGGAAGCCUGUGAUGGGUGUCAGGAGGACAGCGAGGGGACGGGGGCAGGCUUCGUACUCGCGCCUCGCGGUCGUCGUCGCAUCGUCGAGAUCAUCGAGAUCCGUGCGCUGUCAUCCCGCGGUCCUCGCGUCGCGCUCAGCACCGAAAUCGGCAUCGGCGCGCUGGUUCCUGUUAUGCGCGCACGUCGAACGUCAGUCGGAGUGUUUAUAACUGCACGGCGUUCUCGUCGGUGCUCGUGGCGGAGGGUGCAGGAGCAGGAAAGGGCGGCGAGGAGGAGAAAGAGGUGAAGACGAGACGGCCAGAAGCCGUCGAGAGGGGGCGAGCGAGAGAGAGAGAGAGAGACGUUCUUCGUCCGAAGACAGAGAGACAAUUCCAGACUUCCCUCCUUGUUCUAUCCGGAUAAUCUGUUCGCAUCGAAGUGUCAUCGGGCUCGCUCGCAGUGACAGUUCGUCGCUGGAUAUAGAGGGAGAAAGAGGGAGACGUAUUUUCCGUGGCCUGUCAUACUUGGUCAUCGCGACAGACUCUCUCCACGAUGUUCACGGGGACGAUCAAGAUCGAGAUCUGCGAGGCGAUAGGGCUCCGCGCGACCGACAGGCAGCGCAAGUUCUGGCAGGACGAACCUAUACUCGACCCGUACGUGCAGAUGGACGUCGACGAGAAUCACCUGGACCGCUCGUCCACGAAACCCAAGACGUUCAAUCCGAUCUGGAACGAGAGUUUCACAUACGAGGUGCAGGAUGCGGUCACGCUGGGCCUCACCGUCUUCCACGACGCGGCACUGCCGCCAGAUUACUUCGUUGCCAAUUGCAGCAUCCCCUUCGAGGAGCUCGUCACCCGUAAUGGCAAAACCACCGACUUCUGGAUUGAUCUGGAACCUCAGGGAAAACUGAGAGUGAAGAUAGACUUGCAAUGGAAUGAUCAGGAUCGACAAUCGAGUUGCGGUACGGGAGGCGAUGCAGAAAGUAUCAGUGGUAGAAGCAUCGGCAGCGUCAACUCCAGCAAGGAAUUGAUGCCGCGCCGAGAAUUUAAGGAGAGACAGGGCUUCUAUCGUCGGAGGGGCGCGAUGCGACGAAGGAUUCAUCAAGUGAACGGGCACAAAUUCAUGGCUACCUUUUUGAGGCAACCGACAUUCUGUUCGCACUGCCGUGAAUUCAUAUGGGGCUUGGGCAAGCAGGGCUAUCAGUGUCAAGUAUGCACUUGCGUAGUUCACAAGAGAUGUCACAAAUUGGUGAUAACCAAAUGUCCAGGAAUGAAAGAUGAGUCGAAUCAAGACACAGAGAGCACGCGCUUCAGCAUAGACGUACCACAUCGCUUUGUUGUUCAUAAUUACAAGAGAUUUACAUUUUGCGACCACUGCGGAUCCCUGUUGUACGGUUUAUUCAAACAAGGUUUACAAUGCGAAGCUUGUAACAUGAACGUUCAUAAACGAUGUCAGAAGAAUGUACCAAACAGUUGCGGUAUCAAUACCAAAGUUAUGGCCGAUAUUCUGAAAACAAUGAACAUUUCCGCGGACAAGCAAGUCAAAACUCCGAAAAUCAAUUACAGAGAAUCCGCGUGUCCGUCAACACCCACAGUUAGGGACGAUAUGUCGGACUUACAAGCGAAAGGAGCGGAAACACCAAUUAAUGCCAAUGAAAACGCAGUGCCUGUUAACGGCAGUGAACAAAGAAAAUUCGGAAUAGACGAUUUUAAUUUUAUCAAGGUCCUCGGUAAAGGCAGUUUUGGUAAAGUAAUGUUAGUGGAACGAAAGGCUAAUCCCGACGAGAUUUACGCCGUGAAAAUCUUGAGCAAAAACAUCAUUAUACAAGACGACGAUGUGGAUUGCACAAUGACGGAGAAGAGAAUCUUGGCUCUAGCGGCAAAGCAUCCUUUUUUAACGGCCAUCCAUAGUUGCUUCCAAACGACUGAUCGACUUUUCUUCGUUAUGGAAUACGUGAAUGGAGGUGAUCUCAUGUUCCAUAUUCAGAAAGCUCGAAAGUUUGACGAAGCGAGGGCGCGCUUCUACGCGGCGGAAGUGACACUCGCCCUUCAGUUCCUGCACAAAAAUCACGUUAUAUACCGCGAUUUAAAACUGGAUAAUAUAUUGCUAGAUUCGGAGGGACAUUGUAAAUUGGCAGACUUCGGAAUGUGUAAAGAGAAUAUAAUUGAAGGACAAACGACCACAUCGACAUUUUGCGGCACGCCGGAUUAUAUAGCUCCCGAGAUACUACAGGAACUGCAGUACGGUGCCAGCGUCGAUUGGUGGGCUCUCGGCGUUUUGAUGUACGAGAUGAUGGCUGGACAGCCGCCUUUUGAAGCCGAUAACGAGGACGAGCUCUUCGAAUCGAUCUUACGAGACGAUGUACUUUAUCCGAUAUGGAUUUCCAAGGAAGCCGUGUCUAUUUUGAAAGGUUUUAUGACUAAAAAUCCUGCCAAGCGAUUAGGUUGUGUCGUAGCCAAUGGCGGUGAAAAUGCCAUAAAGGUCCAUCCAUUUUUCCAACACAUGGAUUGGGAAGCGCUUGAAGCGCGCAGAGUGAAACCACCGAUUAGACCUAAAAUUAAAAAUGAGAAGGACGCUAUGAACUUCGAUACGGAAUUUACAAAGGAGGAUCCCGUAUUGUCGCCGGAAGACAUGGACGAAGUGAGCUACAUCAAUCAAGAGGAGUUUCGCGGUUUCUCCAUGGUCAACAAGGAUUUCAAUCCAGCCAGGUUUGCAGCGCAAUAAGAGAUGAUAAAUCACUGUGGAGGAUAUGGAAAACCGAAAAAUUAAUAUCGUCCUAAUACUUCCCGCUUAAUAAGGUGGCGAAUGCGCUAAACAACGCAAAGUUGGAUAUCGGCGUCGUUUUGAAGCUGCUCGAGGUCUCCUUUGGCCAAUUACGUCGAUGGAGAUGAUACGUCUGUCCACCGCGAGGAUGGAAGUAUUCGACUAAUUGAGGCACAAUUGGCGGCGAUCCGAAAAACUAAGAAUUCGGAAAUGUUUAGCCAAGCCAUCGGGAGAAUACCGGAAUUUCGUUUUCUUGAGAAUUUGCGUUUUCGUGGAGAUAUUUUUUAGCCGUUGCAGGGACGCGACUGAUUGAUUCGGCAUGAAAGGCGCAUUUUAUUAGGGCAUAUUGUACGAGAUUGGCAGAGAUUGCAAAUUUUUUACUAUCAUUUUUGCGAGGAGCGCUAGAGUCGGUAUUGCCGGAAGUAGAGACAGUAAUCGAGAGAGUUUUAUGUACGAUGUCCUGUAUUAGAACAGGAAUUGCUGGGAAACGCAAUUGCCGUUCAUUUUUAACGCGAUACAAAUGAAAGAAAAGAUGUAGGCUCUCGUACAAAAUGGUAUGAACGAUCGCUGGGCGAUCAACGAUUCACUUUGUGAAGUGAUAUAUAUACCUAAAUUAUAUAUUUAAUGUUAUUAGAAACGCGCAAUGGGAUUCCAAUUUCGUAUAGAUUUAUAUAAGAUAGGCGAUUGAACAAAUUUGGAAUACCGGUCUUUGCCGGCUUUUCUAAUCUUUUUGGUUUUUAUUUUUUAUUUUUUAUUUUUUUUUUAUUUUUUUUUUUUUUUUUUUUUUAGUAGAACAUUUUUUUUAUUUUGUCGAUUUUGACACGAUUGUGCAUAUAAAGUUUUACUUUCGUUGUUUUUUUUUUAAAUAUUAUAAACUCGUAAUUGGGUUUUGAUCUGACGACAUUUAAUAUUGCGUUAAAUAGAUGUGUAAAUCGAAUUUAUACUUACACAUAACGGCUUGGCACUUAAAACGUAUUUUCUUGUUUCAAAAAAUCUCUGUUAUGAGAAAAUAACAUAUACGAAAAAAGUGAAUAAUGUCCAUGGAAAAAAUUUUAAAUUUAACUGAAUAUUGCUUAAAAAAUAAGUCGAGUUUAGUUCUUUAACAAAAACGUAGAAUUUUUGACGGAUUCGCGCUACGACGAAGACUGAACGUAAGCUGGGCUUAAGUUUUAAGUAAUUCCAACAUUUAUAAAUGACGAGUUUAUGUGUAUAAGAAUCUGUGCGUUAGGAUAGAUAAAAGCAGCGUAGAGAGAGAAUCGAAACAUCGGUUCUCGUUUCGUCUGGCUGUUGUCCAGCGCCGGUCGAACGAGGUCGAAAGUUUUCGUCGAGCUUUACACAUAUACACGUACAUAUAUAUACACACACACACACACACACACACACAAAUACACACAGAGGAGCAUCUCGCAGCGCUUCUCCGAUAGGAUUUAGAUAAAAAAAAAUAUAUAUAUAACAAUCGCGCUCGCGUGAUAGAGAUCGAGCAGGAUACGAUCUAAAUCGGGCGGGCGCGCGUCAUUUCAUACUUAAGUAGACUUGAGCGCGAUCAUUAUAGAUUGAAAGAGAGUCCACUGGUGGUCUCCAAUCAAAGUACAUAAAAAUAUAGAUUAUAUCCAUAUGUAUAUGCAUGUGCUUCUAUAUAUAUGCGUACAGGGACACAUGCACAUAUAUAUAAAUCUAAUUUAUUUUAGUAAGGCACGGAGACAAGCGAGAGGGGGGCGAUCGUAACACUCUAAAAGAAAGCAGAAAGGAACAAACUCUCGCGGCGAGCAUAAUAUAUAUAUAUAUAUAUAUAUAUAUAUAUAUAUAUAUAUAUAUAUAAAUUUGCACUUGCGAUUCUCGGCGCCUCUUACGAUUUUUAAAAGGCGCGUGAGGUGCAUAUAUAUAUUACCAGUAUAUAGCCAUCGAUAUAAUACACACACAUUA